AUGAGUAACCUGCAAGAUGCGAUCGGGCUGAUGAUCGGAGUGUUCAACGAGAAUGCUGGACCAGACAAGAGGCUGAACAAGGGAGAGCUCAGAACUCUCUUCAUGAAAGAGUUUAAAGAGUUAGUGCCCAGAGACGUGGCCACAUCCCGCUCUCUCCAAACACCUCCAGCCGAAACCUGCAUCUCCAUCACCGCGUCCCCACCUCCGAACUCCCGCUCAGACAUGGCCUUGGUCCGCAUCGCGUGUUUGUUCCUUCUCCUCGCCGGACUCUCGCUACAAAUCGAUUCCAAAAGUGAGGGGAAAGAACCCAGGAAUUACGCGGAGGAUCGGCCAUGGAUGUCGCCUCAUCACGGGAGGAAGACGCGGCACUGGGACCGCUUCAGAGACCAGGAAGUGGAGGGCGACGACAUCAAACACACAGAGGACGGUGCGAACGCAGACCAAACGGACUCGACCAAAGACCCGUGUGUGCGUGUGCGGUGCAGCCGACAUAAGGUGUGUGUGUCCCAGGGCCUUCAGAGAGCCGUGUGCCUCAGCCGCGGGAAACUGGACCAGAGGGUGAAGAAGCCAGAGUCUCCUGUAAAGUGCAGAGCCUGUACUUCCUCCUCUGCUCCGGUCUGUGGCUCUGAUGGACACAGCUACGCCUCUGAGUGUAAGCUCCAGCAGCAGUCCUGUCUGACCGGGAAGGACCUGAACAUCAUCUGCUCUGGAUUCUGCCCCUGCCCCGGAAGGGCUCAUGGGGGAAACUUUCUGAGGUUUGUUGAUGUUUCUCCAGUGAGCUGCAGUGAGGAGGAGCUGUCAGACCUCGGGGACCGACUCAGGGACUGGUUUCAACUCCUGCACGGGAACAACAAAAGGAACGAGACCAGGAGCGAGACCAGGAGAGAGACCAGCAGAGAGGGGAGGAGCCAGGGCUCUACUGCAUCUGCGUUGGACCGGAGCGUGGAGCCCAGCUGCCGGGACUCUAUCUCCUGGAUGUUCUCGCGCCUGGACCAGGACCAGGACCGGUUCUUGUCCCGGUCCGAGCUGGAGUCCAUAAAUCUGGACCAGUAUGAGGUCUGCGUGGGGAACUUCUUCCGCUCGUGUGACGCCCACAGAGACGGGCGCGUGUCCUGGUCCGAGUGGUGCCUCUGCUUCUGGAGAGACAAGCCUCCGUGCCUCGCCAAGCUGGAGCGGAUCCAAAAGCACGACGCAGGGGACAGCAACUCGCUGGUCCCCAGUUGUGAUGAGGAGGGGUACUUCCAGAAGGUGCAGUGUGACGUAGGCAGAGCAGAGUGCUGGUGUGUGGACCCCCAGGGAGGAGAGCUGACGGGCUCCAGGAUCCAGGGGACCCCCGACUGUGGUGAGGCCCCUAACACAUCCACUCCGCUGUCCUGGAGUCAAACUCUCCUGAGCCGCAACUCACAGCUCCUGAGCCGCGACUCACAGCUCCUGAGCCGCAACUCACAGCUCCUGAGCCGCGACUCACAGCUCCUGAGCCGCGACUCACAGCUCCUGAGCCGCGACUCACAGCUCCUGAGCCGCGACUCACAGCUCCUGAGCCGCGACUCACAGCUCCUGAGCCGCGACUCACAGCUCCUGAGCCGCGACUCACAGCUCCUGAGCCGCGACUCACAGCUCCUGAGCCGCGACUCACAGCUCCUGAGCCGCGACUCACAGCUCCUGAGCCGCGACUCACAGCUCCUGAGCCGCGACUCACAGCUCCUGAGCCGCGACUCACAGCUCCUGAGCCGCGACUCACAGCUCCUGAGCCGCGACUCACAGCUCCUGAACGAAGUUGUAGGUCACUCCGGGGAUUUUGGCAGCGGAGUGGGAGGAUGGGAGGACGAGGAGGAGACGCAGGACGCAGCGGAGGAAGAGGAAGAGGAGGACGAAGAGAGCGAAGCCGACGACGGAGGAUACAUCUGGUGA